AUCUACGCACUGAACCCGUACAACGCACGUAAUCAGAUAACAAGAUGGCAGACUCAAAGAAGACCUCCGUGAACGGUUCAGGUACGUACCUCAGCGGGUGACUUGGGCAAUAUCCUUUAAUUGAUUCGCAUCCCAAGGCGAGAAGCCGGACACAGCUACUCCUGGCAACUUCAGCAUGCCAUUGAGGCCUCGUCAUGUUGGGUUGGCUGCGCACUCCUCAAAUGAGGAUACCGGCCCGAGCGUCAAAACGGGCGCAGAUCUGGUCAAGAAGUACGGGGUUCCCCCAGGCGUUCUGGCAGCCGCGUUCCGGGAGCUGACGGAGAGAGGCCAUCCGUUGACACAGGACGAGCUUGAUGCUGUUGCCCGUAAGGCAAGGGAGGAGAGGGAGGCGCGGGAGGCGGAGACGGCGAAGGAGGAAGCGGUGGCCAACGGAGUUGAGUAGAGGAUCCUGAUCGCAUCGGGAGUCGACAAAUGCUCGUAGCGUUGACACAACCCUCAUGACAUGCUACCGCGUUGGGAUGUGUCAAUGUGUCUCUGGAUAGAACUGCAACCUGCGUGUGUUCCCUCGUCUAGAUUCGUCGUUGUAGGUGUUCAUGGUUCUCUGGCUACC